CCGUAAAAAGGGGGCGGGACUUCAGCGAACAGGGCGCGGCUGCUAAUGCUAGCUCGUCUCUCCUCCAACAACAACAACAACAACAACAAGUGCUCAGUUUAAUAACAAGAGUUUAGCUCACACACGUGUCACUGCUCUUCUCAUCAAACAACAUAACACGGCAGGAUGUCAGUCUCCAUCACCAAAGGUGAGGGGGUCUCUGUGUUUACUUUGACCUUUGACCCCCAAAGUGCUUUGCCUCCCCUGUGCCAAAUGUUCAAGGCUCUUUGCUGCAGUCCUGUGUGGUGCUCUGUGUCCGAGCGCCUCCGGAGUGUCCAGAGCAAGGCUCACUCAGUCCUCGGGGCUCUGCACAUUAUGGUCGGACUGCUCUACAUUGGACUGGGAUCAGUUCUUCUUUCCUCUGGAAGUGGUUCAGGUUGGCGAAUGGAUGAAACGUGGUAUCCUGUUUGGAUGGGAGCAUUCUUUAUCGUGUUUGGCAUCGUGAGUUUUUUGUCAGAGAUGUUCCCGAGUCCAUGUCUGGUCACCAUGAGUGUGACUCUGAACAUGGCAGGCGCUGUCUUUGCUGUGGCAGCCUUCAUCCUCUACGCCAUCAAUAUGAACAACACAUCGCUGUACUGGAUGUGCAGGAGUGACGAUGACGAUUACAGCUUCAGCGACCCGAAGACGCCGUCGAUAGAGCAGGACCGGAUCCUGCAGACUUGUCUGUCUGGCCGCCUUCUGGCCCUGCUGCUGCUCAGAAGCAUCAACGGUGUGCUGUUGGUCUUGUCAUUGCUGGAGUUCUGUGUCACCAUCUCCUGUGUGAUCUUGGGGAUUAAGGCUCUCAGGAGCCAGGAGAAGUUUACUCACAAGAUUACGUCUGAACCAGAACUCCACAAACCACUUCUGGAGGAAGUAACUCUUAACGCCUGAACUGCAGCGUCUCUGUAGCGUGUCAGUCUUCAGUGCUUUACAUUAUCCAGCCUCUAAACCCUUUAUAUCAUCUGUAAGGUUUGCACUCAGAGUUUUGAUGCAUGUGUUGCUUUGAUUAGGAUUUUGAAUUAGUUUUCCUUCCAUUUCACCACCAUAAAGAUUUCUAUUUCAUUUCUAUUUCAUUUUUCUAUUAUCAGCUUCAUCGGUUCUUGUCCUUUGUGUUUCAAAAAAUGUCACAUUUAAAAGGAGGUUUAUGUCCUAUGUAUGUGUGUGUGUGUGUGUAUGCUGUGUUAAAAGCAGAACUUGAGUCACUUUUGUUUAACCUGUGAUGGGAAAUAACUCUGUUGUAAUGUGCUUGUAGAUGAAUUUUUUUUUUUUUUUAUUAUGUAUUUUCUUUGCUUAUUUAAUUUCUAUUCUAUUGCACUAGAGUAAAAUAUAUAUUUUUUAUUUCAUUUAAAACUUGCACUACAUAUAAUAACAAUAUGGUGGAUUGUUUAUUUAAACCCCCAUCACAUCACAUCAGACUUAAAUUGAAGUUAGUUACAAUUGUCAUCAUUCCAUUAAGUCCUAAAAACAGACCAGCUGUAGUGGUUGAAAUCAUGCUAAACGUAAAGCUCUAGUUUGUAACUUUUAAAUCAAAACAAAUCUGGUACAUUUAAACAGUUUAAAGUGCUGAUGUGUUUUUUUGUUUCUGUGUGUGUGGCGAGAUUCCCUCGCUUUUAUGUAUGUGUGUAAGAGAGAAAACGAGGUCAUGGACUGCAGGGUCUCAGAGACUGCAGACUUUCAGUCAAUACUAAGAAAUCCACACGGGGCAGUGGCGUCGUAUAAACUUUUAUAUUCAUCUACACGUUUACAAUUUAGAGAAUUCAUUUUGGUGGAUUAUUCUUUGAUGUAACAAUGCUUCUUGGCAAUAAAACUUAUGGUUAUACUUAUUUCCCUUUUAAAUGGUUGAUACAUUUGUAAGGAAAGUGCAUAUGUGGGAUGAGCAGUGGAGGCCUGUUAUCUCAAUGCAGAGAGGUAUCAAGAUGAGAUUCUGAAACCAGUAGCAAUCACAUAUCUCCACAGUCUGAGACUGAAGAUGACAACGCUCGCCCCCACAGACUGGGUUUAUCAGAGACUAUUGUUAUAUCAACAUUAUACCAGGAAAUGCCACCAAAGACCUGUGUUGUGUCUCAAAACAUUGACAGGGGACAGCAUUUGUAUUGUUAAAACAGGGGGGCCCCAACAGAAAACGUUUGGGAACCACUGGCUUAACCACAUUACAAGAACAGGUGUUUCGUUUCAUGUGACGAAAGAUGCAUCGAGCCAUAUUAAACACAUGCUUUUGCAGACACAGGCUACAUCCUGUUACUCUCUGUACGAUCGCUGUCUUGAAUAUAUUCAAUAAAGACCCAACUCAGAA